AUGAAAGUGUUCGAGUCGCUGAAUUGCUUUCUUUGCAAGAAACCGUUUGCCCGUAUCGCCAAUCAGCCUCGUUCACCACGGAUCUUGAAUUGCGGAUUGGCCGUAUGUCAUGAAUGCUUUGAGAUGGAAAAGGCUAAAUCGUUGGCGACAAACUUUGUAGCACAUCUAGUUGGGAGUUAUCUAUUUGGUAAUGUGAGAAAACAUCAAUGCAACUACACGUGUUGUUACUCGAAUCCCAACUUUGCAUACUAUUUAAUUGAUAUUCUAUCGCAAGAAGAGUCUCUUGCACUCGCUCCAACAAAAGACGGAUAUGUACUUGAGAAGCCAUUCCAAAUUCCUGAAUGCCCGGUUUGCCAUGAGGAAUAUUCAAUCACGGUCGAAGCAAAGAAAUCUAUCAUUCUCGCUUGCAAUCACGCCAUUUGCACGGAAUGCGCUUUGAAUUUACGGGAACUGAAUCCGAAUGAAGUCACUAGAGAGAAUGAGGACAUUAUCACUUGUCCGCUCUGUAGAAAGGGAACUGACACAAAGGUUAAUAAGGCGAAAAAUCUACUGCAAGAUUUCCUGGCUGAGUUGGAAUCAAUGAGAGGAACUUGCGCUGAAUGCGACAAAAAGUACAUUGUUGAUGAAAUGCUUCGAUGCGUUGAUUGCAAAACUGAGAUUUGUGCUAUGUGUGUUUUUAAAAACCAUCGCACACAUAAGGCCUGUCCUCUUUUGGGAGAAAAGGCUGAUGAAAUGUUCGAGACACUAAAAAGCGAUUCAAGAAAUGUCAUCCAGAAAAGGAUCGAAACGCUUGACCAGGAGGCGAAUAUUUUUUUGGUUUUAAAAACUUUAGUGAUUUUACCU